ACGUGUCCCGCCGUCUCGCCUCUUUGUCCUGCAUCCCACUUUCCCUGGCUGCAGACGAGCUGACCGCAUGCCGCGUUUGCCCUUUGCCGUCGCCGCUUCCUCCUGCAACGGGCUGCUCCGCCUUUUGAUCUGAUCCCCCCACCUGAAAGACACACAAAAAAAAAAAAAAAAAAAAAAAAGAGACAGAAAGAAAAGCCGAGGCAGGGAUGCUGCAUCUGAUCUGCUCUCCUCCUCGGGCUCCGGGCGGACUGGGACGGUGUAGAUGACGUGCGGAGGGGUUCUCCGCCUGUUUAUGUCUGGCUCUGCUCUGGAAAAGACCCGUCCCACCGGGAGAUCCAUGCUCCGGCUUUCGCGUCGCCGUCGCCAUGUCCCCAGCAUCGGCUCCUGCGGCCAUUGAGAGCGGCACCGCCGCGGUCCAAGAGGAGGCAGCGGACGGUCCCAGGGAGGAGUCUCUGACCAAGUCCCUGUGCCAGGAGUCCCACUGGAAAUGCCUGCUGCUCUCCCUGCUGAUGUACGGCUGCGUGGGCGUGAUAGCCUGGUGCCAGGUGACAAAGGUCACGCGCCUCUCCUUCGACAGCGCCUACAAGGGGAAGUCCAUGAUGUACCACGACAGCCCGUGCGCCAACGGCUACAUCUACAUCCCCCUGGCCUUCCUGGUCAUGCUCUACGUGGUCUACCUGGUGGAGUGCUGGCACUGCCACGCCAGGAACGACCUGCAGCACAAGGUGGACGUGGACGGCGUGGCCGAGCGCGUACAGCGGAUGCAGCAGGCCACGCCCUGCAUCUGGUGGAAGGCCAUCAGCUACCACUACGUCAGGCGGACGCGGCAGGUGACGCGCUACCGCAACGGCGACGCGUACACCACCACGCAGGUUUACCACGAGAGGGUCAACACGCAUGUGGCCGAGACAGAGUUCGACUACGGGAACUGCGGCGUCAAGGACAUCUCGAAGCAACUGCUCGGCCUGGAGGGGUUCCCGAUCAGCCGGCUGAGGUUCACCAAGUGCUUUAGCUUUGCCAACGUGGAGUCGGAGAACACCUACCUGACCCAGCGGGCUCGCUUCUUCACGGAAAACGAGGGCCUGGAUGAUUACAUGGAGGCCCGUGAGGGGAUGCACUUGAAGAAUAUGGACUUUAAGGAGCACAUGGUGGCCUUCUCCGACCCCAGUCGUCCUCCCUGGUACGCUUCCAACUCUGCUUUCUGGGCGGCGGCCGCCUUCACCCUCUCCUGGCCUCUGCGCGUUCUGACGGAGUACCGCACUGCCUGCGUGCACUACCACGUGGAGAAGCUGUUCGGCUUCGACUACGCGCCCGCCACGCCGUCCGAGGAGCGCCCGUAUUGCCGACACAUCCCGCGGGUCAACACGAUCGACAGCACAGAGCUGGAGUGGCACAUCCGCUCCAACCAGCAGCUGGUGCCCAGCUACUCGGAGGCCGUCCUGAUGGAUCUAGCCCAGCUCUCGGGGAGCUGCAACGGCUACUCCGCCUGCGGGCGCUUCGGCAGCUACAGGCAGAACUGCGAGCGCUGCCACCGCGCCAUCAGCAGCUCCUCCAUCUUCUCCCGCAGCGCCCUGAGCAUUUGCAACACGGCGAGCCCGCGCAUCCCCUUCAGCGCCAGCCGCUUCUCUCUGGGCCGGCUUUACGGGUCCAGGCGGAGCUGCCUGUGGAGGAGCGGCGGGAGCCUGAACGAGCAGUCCUGUCCCACCGAGAGCACCCGCUGUCUGUCGGGCCAGCAGGCCGGCGAGGAGAACCCUCCGGGCUAUCAGGACGCUCUGUGCUUCCCCGUGCUCAUCGUGCAUCGCAACGAAGGGUGCCUCAACCACGACCACCGCUCUCUGCACAGGAACGGCUCCUGCGUGGAGACGUCCCUCUGACCCACAGCGGGGGCAAAGCGACGCCACCGAGGCCAAGAAGCUUCUCUGACCCUGGUUUUUGGGCGGAUGCACGUUUUACAAGGCGUCGCAAGACUUUUUAUUUGGACAUUUCUCUCAUUUUGGUCACAUUAAAACUGAUAGACCUCCAACACAACAUAAAUUAGUGCAGGAUUGUAAAAGUGGAAGGAAAAUGAUGCAACUAUUCAUCCUUUUUUACAGUCCAUCACAGGGACAGAAUCAUGUAAAUACACACUCACACCCAAUGACAACCUAGAGAGACCAAUAACCCAAAUGGCAUGUUUUUAUACUGUCAGGGGAAGCCGGCGUACCUGGAGAAAACCCAAGCAUGCGCAGGGAAAACAUGCAAAUUCCCUGCAGAAAGGCCCCAGCCCGGAUAGGAAGCCAGCACCUUCUUCUAAUAACUGGGCCAACAUGCAGCGGACGUUGAUAGGAGGAUUUUAAAUGUUUUACAGAUACACAUAAAUCUGAAUUUCGUGGUGCACGGGCGUUACCGUGAUACCUUGUAAACAAAUUCCAGAUGAAACAUUCAAAGAAACGCAUCAAGGAAACUGUUUGAGCGCAUUGGUGAACACGCAGCAUCACUGAUACCAAAGAACACGGCCGACAGCUUGAACAUAAAAUCGCAGAGAAUUUUAAACCAGGGUUAAGUUAUAAGAAUAUACCCUAAACUAUAAGUAGUUCGCAGAGAACUGUUGAUCUCCUGAAAAUGAAGAGUAUGACCUGAAGCCAAACCUAGCAAAACCCCAAUUCACUACAAAAUAGCAAGAAGAAAGCCAGAGGAAGUCCCCAUUUCAUUUUGAACCAUGAAGGGGUUUCAGCAAACAGCUGGAAGAAGAAUAUCACUAGUUAAAAAUAGACCAAAAUUGAACUUUCUGGCCUACUUGAGCCUUUAGUUUAGUGCUUUUCUUCAGCAGGGACAGGGAAACUGAUCAAAUGUGGUGGAAGGAUAGAUGGAGCUAAAUGCAAAUCAACCCUGGAAGAAAACCUGUCAAAGGCCACAGAAGACCUGAGGCUAGAGUAGAGGUUUAACUUCCUGCAGGCCAGGACAACAAAUAUACAGCCAGAGCUACUAUGGAAUGGUUUAAAUAAAAGCAUAGCCUUGUAUUAGAAUGACCUAGUCAAAGCCCAGACCUAAAUCCAGUUGGGAAUCUGUGGCAAGACUUGUGAAUUGGUGUUCGCUGAUAGUCUCCAUUUAAUGUGACUAAGCCUCAAGUUGUGUGCCAAGAAGAAUGCCCAAAAAUGUCUGACUCUAGAUUCUUAAAGCUGGUUGAGCGAUAGCCUCGAAAGACUUAGCUGUGAUCACAGCAUUCACUCAGAGGGGGGAAGGGGGGGGGGGUUCAUGCACUUUUCAGAUUUUAAUUUGUUGAAAAGUUUGAAAACCAUUUUUCAUUUUCCUUCCAGUUCACAAUUAUGCUCUAAUUUGUCUCGGUAUAUAUCAUGAAACCCCAAUAAAAGAAAAACCCUGAAUUUUGCAGUUCAUAAUGUAAAAAAAAAAA